GUAACUUUAUACAUAGACGUAUAAACACACUGAAAAAGUAAGUGAUUUAGUGAUUACAUGAGUUUAGUGAAGUGUUUCUGGUUAUUACAUUUUUAUAUUAGUGUAAAGGCAAGUGUUGUAGUACAGUAUAAUAUUCAAUGCUAGAAUCAAUUAAAAUAGUCGAACCGGUUUAAAAUGUCAAAAUGGUGCAUUUUGGGUACACUUCACUGCUACUAUUUGUAUGUGUGACGCACAUUACUUGUCAAUAUUAUGAUAUUUUUUCCGGCCUCCAGCCGUUCCUUCAGACGUCUAGGCCAUAUUAUGACGUCACACAAAAGACUAGAAAAGCCACAAGCAAAGCCAGACUGAAUUAUGCCACAGAGUCGACCAGACAUACUUCAGCUCCAAUUCAAUCUAGUCACAUUAGCGCGAAACGGACACAAAGGCCAAAAAACCCAAAAGAUGUUUCCAAAAAUGAUCAAGUACAUUUCAUAAACGACGGUUACAAUAAUAGGUACUCAACACAGAAUCCUUAUGCGAAUCGGCCCGGAGUCAAACCGGCCGUGGCUAAUGGGCCGCCUAUAACUAACAAGCCGCCGUCGACCGCGGCCUAUGAGAGCCCAGAGCUAAUACUUGGUCCCGAUGUAACCUAUAUGAGUAGCACUGAAAGGAGAAGACAUCUUGAUUUAGCUGAAAAGAUGUGCGAUAAAUACAAGUCCCUAGACGUGAAGCAAGUUCAAGCGAUACCCCUCGUACCGUCCCCACGCCCUAUUAAAGUCAACGUCACGUCCUGCCUGCCCUCUAAAGUGCCUCUGGUGGUGGGAGGAGUGAUCGUCAAUAUCAAGGACUUUCCACAUAUGACCCUGCUUGGAUGGCCAAAGAUACACUCUGCUGGGUAUUCAUGGAAGUGCGGGGGCAGCCUGCUCAGCGACAGAUACGUCCUAACGGCGGCGCACUGCGCUUAUCAGGACAAAGAUAACAAUGUUCAAACCGGUCCACCACAUGCCGUCCAGCUUGGCUCUUCAUAUCUCAAUGACCCGGGAGCAUUAGUAGUCAAAGUGUUAGCGGCCAUUCGACACCCGAACUACAAACUUCCCAAAUCCUACUACGAUAUUGCACUCAUCAAAAUGGCUAAAUCCGUUUCGUUUUCUGAAGUUAUAAGACCGGCUUGUCUGGGAACACCUCCAUCCCCCGGAGAGCCUAUUAUUGCUUCUGGAUGGGGCAAGACUGAAUUUGGCGGUGACCAAUCCCUGGAACUCCGGAGUGUAUCGAUACCCGUGUGGGACAUGCCCCAGUGUCGGGAGGUGUUGGGGACCUCUAGAAAGAUACCCGAAGGCCCCUCCAGGGACACGCAGAUAUGUGCUGGAGAAAUGGAUGGGGGCAAGGAUACUUGUCAGGGCGACUCAGGUGGUCCAGCACAAAUUCAAGAUGGCUGCGUUUGGAGGGUGGUAGCCGUCACCUCACUGGGACGAUCCUGCGGGGCGCCUCGCACUCCAGCCCUAUACGCAAUCGCAAAUCCAGUAUUUAUCUCAGCUGUGGUAUUCAGCGAUCAAACAAAUAAACGAACUGCCGUUAAUUCACAAAAUGUGAAUCAAAAUAAUCAAGGCUCAACACGCAUUACUAAUAACAACGAUAAUAAACGAAGAGAAACACACGAAACUGGUAAUUCAAGAAAUCAAAAUGAUGGGAAGUUGUAUUAUGACGGUGAUCAAAGUUUCGACAGCUAUAAUACGAGGACAGAAAGUAUUAACCAGAAUAGGAGAAAAAAUAACCAAAAUACAGAUACAUCUAAUUAUAAUCAAAACACUCAUAAUGUUGAUUCUGUCACUGAUUAUAAUCAAAAUUCCAGACACACAUAUGCAACCACCACAGUUAAAUAUAUAAAUUAUGACAGUUAUGACACAAUGCAUAAGAAAAAUCAACAGAAUUACUAUCAGACAGACAAAAAUUCAAACAAACAAUAUCAGGAAAAUUAUCCCCAAGACUCUUCGAAUCAAAAUAAUAAUGAUUAUCAGAAUGAUGAUUCUUAUACAUAUUCAAGAAAUAAUUACAAUGAUGGGAAUAAUAAUAAUGAUAGAAAUAAUAAUAAUGACAGGAAUAGUAAUAAUGACAGAUACAGUAAUAACGACAGAAAUAGUAAUAAUUAUAGAAAUAGUCAUAAUGACUGGAAUAACAAUAAUGAUAGGAGUGUUUAUAAUAUUAGAAAUAAUUAUAGUAACAGAGAUAAUGAGCAUAAUAGCCAAAACGAAGGACGAGUUUGGUGGACGUGAUUCUGUGCAUUUAUUAAUAACAUCUUUAGAACAUAAAACUUAAAAAAAAAUAAUGUUUUUUAGAAUCUUUAGACUGGUGGUUAUAUAUACAUAAUGUAAAGUUAUGUACCACAGCCAAGGAUUUGUAUUAGGUUAGUCUCGGCUUCAAAAUUCAUUGUGUAAUAAAUAUUUCAUUACAAUGUUUUAAUUUAAAUUAUGUCAUAUAUAACUUUUGCAGUCACAGGUUCUGUGUUUUUGACUUUGUUUUUAUUAGCGUGGGAUAUGUGUCAUCUGCAGUUAAACGUUUUUGUGAAAUGUAUUUUUUAAACUUCAAAUUGAAAUAAAUACUUUGUUUAUUAA